UGUAGAUACGUCCAUUCAGAGCAACACACACGUAUCGGGAAUCGAGUCGCCUCAUAGUCCCAUCCACCACCCAUCCAUCCACCCACAAGCCAUGGAUGAAUGCCCCCACGAUACAGCACGUAUGCAUAUGGUCUAGUCAUCAAUCACAAUGGGGUCAUCAGCAUCCGCCCUCGCAGCCGAUGCAGACGCCCUCCCGCCGCCCCCUCCCUCUGACGACCGCCUCGCCACCAUCGCCCGCAUCUUCUCCAGCCGCUUCUUCUCCUUCUUGAUGGCCUUCUUAGCCGAACCCGACCCCUCACCCUUCUCGCUCUUCCGCCUGUCCUUCCUCCGCUUCUUGCUCUCGCGAUCGCGCCUCCUCUCCUCACCGUCAUCCGAGCUGUCGACCUCCUCCUCACUCCGCCGCCUCUCUUUCUUGGAUUUCCUCUUCUCCUUGCCGCCCACUGCAGCGUCGUUGCUGCGCCGGCUGCGUCGCCGCUUGGCCUCAAGGCGGUCCAUUUCUUCCUCCUCAUCUAGCUCGGCCUCGUAUGCCCGUCCGUGCCUCGACCGCCCCUUUGGCUCACUGCUGGCGGCCGCCUCUCUGUCGCGUCUCUUCUCCUGAGCUAGUGUGAGGGGGGGCUGAGCGGUGUAGUGGGAGACGAUGCGCUUGGCCGCGGUGGAAUCCACCUGCAUGGACCGCUCUGAAGACACACGACGGAGAGGCAGAGAGGGACGUGUAUCUGUCGGUGGCUGGUGGUGGUGGUGCUUACUCUGUGGCAGUGCGGGUUUGGACGAGACCUUCUUCAUAUACAACUUGACACGAUCCUGACGAGAUGACAACGAACGAGGGAUCCGAUGAGCGUGGGGAUGUAGAUACGAGGCUGUUCUGUAGCUCUCUUACCAGCUCCUGCUGGAGCGGAUGUGCCUUCGGAUCAAUGCCCUUCACGCGAAGCAACACUGAACACACACACGGAUGGAGGCGUCCGUGAUCCAUCCAUCCAGUGUGAGCAUCGCCGCCUUACUGAAUUGCACAGAUGUGAUGGUGUACGCUAGCAGCGCAUCCAACUGGACACACUCAGCAGCUGAACACACCCGAGAACACACCGCAACACACGAGCACAUGUGCCUGCACUCCUUUGCUCCCAUGUUUGUUCCCUACAUGUGAGCUGGUUCUGCAGUUCGGUCAGGUCCCGCUUCAGCAAGGGCUCCAGGUAUUCCUGCAAGUCGUCAAAUGCUCCUCUGAACCUCUCCAAGGCCGAUUCGGCCAUCGACAAGACUACAAGUUGAUCCUCAGCCCUGUGCGAGGAUGGCACGACACGCGAGGAGCGCGAAGGAUCCACAAAACGCCCAACCACAAAAUCUUGCGACCUCAAAGAGAGCAGCAGCGGUUUCAGGCAGC